UGCGUGCUGAAAAACACACCAGAAAAACACGACCUUCUUUGCUUGCAGGCUGGGGCUGGUCUCGGAUUCUUAUCAUCACAUUCGUCCUCUGCUCUGCCUUUGUAUGAAUUUUGUGUUGUUCGCGAGCGCGCUUAGUCACGUCCGAUGGUGAACAGUGAAAAGUGCUGAAAUUUUGUGUUUAACGUGCGUUGAACUCGCUGCAAAUAGUGUAAAAUUGAGACUUGACUAGCAGGUAACAAAGUGCGCAUUACCGGGAGGCGGAAUUCCUCCGGGAAGUGACGGUAAAUUCGAUCGAAAAAAUCGUGUGCGUGAGCAAUUUUUUUUCGGUCGUCAUCUUUGCUGCGCGUUUGAAGGUGACGACGAGAACGGCGAAUGAGUGGCACAAAAGGAAACGGAAAAAAAUAAACUCCAGUGUUUGGGUGGAAAAGUUGAGCGGGGAAGGCGCGGAAGUGGAGUAACUCGCCGAGGGCCGAUCUCUGCUGGUUUGUUUACCUUACGAUUCUUUGUGUUCGACGGGAUUAAUAAACCUGCUGCUGGUGCGAAGGCAAUUUUGAUCCAGCGUUUAGUAGUGCUGACCAAGGGGGAAAACUAUUCGUAGGAAGGAUUUCGGCGUAGUAAACGGCAAACGGGGAGCGGCCUCAUCAUGAUGGACGAAGCUGAAGAUGGCGAUAGCAUGGCCACUCUCUUCCGGGCAGGUAGUGCGGUGACGUCGCUGGGAAGAAAUCAUUCUCUACUUCAAUCGGAUUUCAUGAACGAUACAGCACAACUGGCAUCGCUGCAUUCCUUGAGCCUACAGGACAGCAGCGAGCUGUAUUUGGCAUCCAACGAUGGAUCGAAGCGAAACGGUGGAAAGCACAGGAGUAUUCUGCUCAUGGACGAAAAGGAAAACGUUCAGCUCAGUUCAGCGGAGCAGUUCUGCAAACAGCUCGGUGCCCCGCCCGAGGUCAAGCUAAAAGUGGUGUCCAUCUUUGGGAACACAGGCCACGGGAAGAGUCACACCAUGAAUCAUACCUUUUUUGGCGGAUCAGAAGUGUUCAAGACUUCGUCGGAGCAGCAUUCGUGCACGGUAGGCAUUUGGGCUUCGUACCAUCAGCAGCAUAAUGUCCUAUGCUUGGAUACCGAGGGAUUGCUGGGAGUAACCAACAACGAAAACCGACAGAUGCGAAUGCUGCUCAAAGUUAUGGCCAUAUCGGAUAUUAUCAUCUACCGGACGCAGUCCGAGCGGCUGGGGACAGAUAUGUACAAAUUCCUAGGUAUGGCUUCGAAGGCCUUUACGAAGUAUUUUUCCGGAGCGUUGCAAUCCCUUGGUUCUACGCUGACGGCGCAAUCGCUAGGACCAGCAGUGAUCAUUUUCCAGGAGACGAAAUAUACGGAAACAUUGAAAGAAGAUGCCGAUGGGAAAAAGGAGGAGGAUAUUCUAAGGGAAAACUUUUCCAAGCAUCGGCAGGAUUUAUCGGCAUUUAGUUCAUUGCGCUACGUCGGGACACGAACCUAUCUCACCUCAACCGAUUACGAGCCUCUGAAGUUAGCCUUGAAGAACGAGCUCAAAGAUACAAGGGUGAGGUCCCCCCGGCAGCCAAACGUGGUGUUCGAAGCCCUUGUGGCAUUGAAUAAAAAAUUCAGCGGAGAACUCUCGUCCACUCCGUACAACCUUUUCCCGGAGCAGUAUUUCACCUGCACCACAUUCUGCAAGUCCUGCAAUGUGCGGUGUCAGCUCUCGAUGGGCCACUUGGACUCGAAGGAGGACCACAAGUUCACCGGCCCUUGCUCCUACCAGCACCAGUACGAGAAUAAAGUUUACCUGUGCAACAGGUGCCAUGUCAACGGACGGCAAGUGAUCGUCAACGUCAAAACGCAAACGAGCAACGAUUCCUCCUGGAUGGGACUGGCCAAGUACGCCUGGAGUGGAUCCGUCAUCGAGUGCCCGCACUGUGGCGAAAUCUACCGCUCCCGGCAGCACUGGUACGGCAACAAGUCCCCAGAACAGACGGCUGUGAGGACCGAGAUCGUGCAUGUAUGGAACGACGGCGGAUUGGCCGUAUGUGGUCCGACCCACUCGGCCCAGCUGGUCCUGGACGGGGUUGCGUUCAUUACCGAUGCAUUCGCCAGUGUCGGAGCGCAACCGACAAAGACGAUCAAAUCCUGGGUGACGGACAAGAUCCGACCGACCUACUGGAAACCGGAUAGCGAGAUCAUUCACUGCAAGGGAUGUACCGCCAACUUUGAACGAUUUGACCUCAAAAAGCAUCACUGCCGUAGCUGUGGAGAAGGAUUCUGCAACAAUUGCUCCAAACACGAGAUGCCGGUGCCCAGUCGAGGCUGGAACGAGCCGGUUCGGGUAUGCAACUCCUGUCGCGACGAACUGCUCUGGGCACGAGGAAACAACGGUGACACUAACGGUAUUGCUGCAGCUAUUGACGAUGAAAUUGAACAAGAUCUGACGUCUUCUACAGGCAACAAUAACCCCGGCGAUGGGGACGUUCUGGCGCGAAAGUACGGUGAAGUAGUCCUCAAUACCCUGAGCAACCUCGGUGCGGUGCUAGAGUACCCGAAAGACCUCAUCAAAGAUUCCGCGCGGCCCUCGUACUGGGUUCCGGACGCGGAAGCUCCAUGCUGCCACAUCUGCCAGAUGGUGUUCGGAACGCCGGAGGAAAUCAACCAGUCGACGCCGUUGAUUCGAGCCGCCGCCUCCUCCUCCUCCGGGUCGCCCUCGCGGAAAAGUUCCGACCGGCGGCGGCACCACUGCCGAGCCUGCGGGAAUGCCAUCUGUGCGGAUUGUUCGGACCACCGCCAACCGGUUCCCAAACGAGGCUGGCUGGGCGAUGUUCGAGUGUGCAACACCUGCUUUCAAAGCUCGGAUUAAAUAGGAUCACUUUCUAUAGAUAACCAGAACGCGAAGGCAUGCGAUUGUGAUUAGGAGUGAAAGAAUGUUUAGAACUCUAAUUGUGAUAGUUGAUUUAAAACGAACGUUCGUUUUGUUGCGUAAUAUUCUUAUUUUUUUUAUGUGCGCCCACAUAUAAGCUUAUUAGGUAGCACGAUUUCUAUUUGGAUUAUCCAUUUCAAAGGAACUUUGAGACAGACUGGCAAAUUUUUUGCUUAUCCUAAUUUAUUCCUUAAUUUUUUUUCUAGAAUUAUUGGCCGUGAAAGUUGAAACGCAGACAUCCGACAGCUUGGAUAUCCAAUUGAAUGAAGGUCUUAAAUAUCUAUUAACAUAGGAACAUAUUUAUAGGCAAACGGCACAAAUGCGAAAAUGUAAUUUUCCGAGUAGGAAAUAGUAGUUGUAGGAGCAUAGCAUCGUUGAUUAUGAAAGAUGUGCGUAUAAAAGAAUGCUAAUAAAUCGAUAUCCAUACAUUUUUUA